UCGACCACAAUGAUGUUUCCGAUACCUUAGGAGAGAUGUCCGAAAAGGUCCAAGAGUUGAGAUUCUCGGCGAAUAAUGAGAGCCUGCAAAAGGAAAAGCAGAUCUCCAUUGACCCAAUUUCACUAAGGGAGUUGCCUCCUGUUGUUGUCACAGCUCCAAAAGGCACUGGAUUGUUGCAGUUGCCGCCUUCACUUCUUCCCAGAAAACCCAAGUUUCUGAGCUACAGCCUUCCAAACUCGGCCAAUUCGUCACCCAGGUUCAGCACGUCUCUGUUGAAGAAGUUGAAGAACGAAAGCCAAGGUCAAUCCUCUCCUCUUCAACACGAGGCUAAUCUGGGGGCGCAAAGAACUGAGGAACACAAGCAGCUGAAUCUGCCAUUAGAAUAUUACUUGAGGAGGAGCAAGUCAUGUGGGGAAGGAAGAUCGUUUGCUCCAUCGGAAGACUUCGAUCUUUGGCUGAACAAAUCGGAUUUUGCUAAUUAUCAACUCGACGACAAGAAGCACUGCAAUAGUUUCGCCAGACCUGAUCAGAUGAACAACAAAGCCAAGCAUCAGAACUACCACAAGAACAACAACAAAGACAGCAACAUGGAUCUUUCUUCCAAUGAUGGGUUCAAAUGUGGCGCUUUGUGCUUGUUCUUACCAGGAUUCGGUAAGGCAAAGCCGGUGAGAGCUCCAAGGAAGGGAGAAGCCGAAGUGGAGAAUGUGAUAUCCCGGACAGUGUCCUUGGAGAAAUUUGAAUGUGGGUCAUGGGCUUCGUCGGCCAUAGGCGAUGGAGACACCAUGAGUCACUACUUUGAUCUUCCUAUGGAAUUGAUUCGAAGCGAAACAAACGAUGCGCAUUCCCCGGUUUCUGCAGCCUUUCUUUUUGACAAAGAUCUCAAAGGGGUUCUGAAAAAUAAUAGCAGCUCAUCAAGAGCAGCACAAACUGCAGCCAGGAAAUCGCACGACUCGUCGCGCCAUGUUCGUUUCUCAACGGCUUCUCCCAUGUCAUACCCUGCUUCGCCCGCUUCUUGCAUUACGCCUCGCCUGCGUAAGGCAAAGGAAGAUUUCAAUGCUUUCUUGGAAGCACAAAGUGCUUGAUUUAUCCUGCAUUUUUUUUUUUUUGGUUGGGGGUACUUUGUUUUUAAGCAUUUCAAUGUAUGUUGAGCAAUAAUGUGAAUGAGAGCUA